AUGGAUGGAGAUAUGGAAGUCGAUGCGGAUGUGGAAAACCAUCAUUUUCGAAAUAUUGGACAUAAACGACAGCAGAAGAAUGGAGAAAUUAAUAGUGCCGUGAAGGUGAGACGAAUCGACAAUCAUUCCACAGCAGGAAUUUCUGGAUCAAAAAGAGCUUACGUAGAAGUAGCUGGACGGAUAGCAGGUGUCGAAUUGGAGAAUUUCAUGUGUCAUGGCCAUUUAAAAGUGGAUUUCAAUACCAGUGACAAUAAUUGUUUCUAUAUAGGAGGACCCAACGGAAGCGGUAAAAGUGCACUGUUUGCCUCCUUGAACAUAGGGCUUGGUGGUCGCGGAAAUAACAAUGAUCGUGGAAGCUCCGUCAAAGGUUAUAUCAAGGAAGGUCGAAAUAAAGCGAAAAUACGUUUGAUUUUAACCAAUACCGGCCUCGGAAGCCAUCCGGAUUACGGAGAAUUCGUGGUUGUCGAAAGAACCAUUACGCCAUCCGCAUCGACUUACGCACUAAAGAGUAUCAAAGGUUUCGGGAGAAAUAGGCACGAAAUAUUAGUCUCAAAAAAGAAAGCCGAUUUGGAUCAGUUACUCGUUCGAUAUGGAAUCCAGCUUAAUAAUCCGAUAUUUUGGAUGAGUCAGGAUCGGUCGAGGCAUUUUCUCCAUCAAAUGAAACCCGAUAGGCUAUAUCAGAUUUUUAUGUGUGCUACGGAAUUAGAGCAUACGAAAGCGUGUUACGAACAGUGUGAAUUAAUUGUAUCCUCUAUUGAGUCUAUGUGUCAAUCGAUGAAGGGAGAGUUUGAGAGGCAGAAGAGGAAGUACCAAGCUAUGAUGGAAGAACGCAGACGAAUGCGUGGCAUUCAAGAUAUGCGAAACCAACAGAGUGCGAUUGGUUGGAUGUUGCUGUGGUGUCCAUUAAGAGACGUUCUCGAGAAGAUUCAAGUGUUGGAGAAGAAGCGCGAGAAAUUUGCAGAAGAGUCUGAGCACUUACAGCAACGAAUAGAAGGGACAAUAGCAAAAAAGCAAGAGUGUAUAGCAGAAGCCUGUACUGCACGACAGAAAAUUGACGAAGAAUGUAUUGCAUUAAACGAGUUGAAAUCAAAGAUAAGAUUUAAAGAGGAGAGAAUGAGAGACCUACAAGGUGAGCUAUCAGCCCAAGAUUCGAAGAGGUACAGCAUGGAGAAAAGCAAAAGUUCGCUGGAACAAAGGAAGCAACGCAUAAUUGACCAAAUAGGUCAUUUUGAGGAAGAGUCGCAGUGUGAAAAGAGGAAGGAGGAGGCGGCAAUUACGAGGGCUAAAAUGGAGAAAAUCACGACCAAAGAGUCGGAAUUAGUUGAAAGGCUGCAAGUAGUGGAGCAGGAGCGUAAUGACCUCCAGAGAAUACAUGAGGAAUUUAUGAGCAACCAGAAUGAGGCUGUACGAGAAUCACGCAAAGUUUCCGCCCAAAUAAGAGAGUUGCAACAUGAGUUGCAUCGAGCAGAAAUAACAGCUAAAAAUGCUGUUAUGAGGUUUGGAGAAAACGUACCGAAAAUACUAGAGGUGGUGAAUGCCAACAGUGACAAGUUCGAGCACGUCCCUCGUGGGCCCAUUGGAAUGUAUAUGAAGUUACGUGAUCGAAAAUGGACCUUUGCCGUGGAAGAAGCAACUCGUCGCUUAUUGACUUCGUUCGUUUUCCACUCCAAACGUGAUCAUCAAGUGUUUGAGAGGUUGAUGAAAGCAAAUCGAGUGCCUGGCGCUUUGCCAAAUGCUAUCUUCACGAAGUUCACCACUCCUCCACAUGAUGUCAAAGCGAACGAGCCGUCCUCUGAUUGGAAUACGAUCCUAAGAGUGGUGGAGAUUACUGACGAUGUUGUGAGGAAUGUUCUGAUCGACAUGGCUUCAGUAGAAGGUACUGUACUGCUUGAAUCAGAUCAAGACGCUCGCCGAAUUAUGGAUGGCAAUUGUCCUGACAAAUGUAUUCGCGCUUAUACUCCCACCGGUGGCAUGGCCAUGGGCAGAAAUAGACGUGGUGAAGGCUUUUACCGUUUCUACGCAUGUCGCGGACCACCAAGAGCAACAAUAUUGUCUGGACAAGAUACAGUCGCGGAUGUUAGUGUUAUGGAGUUGGAACUGGAGAAAUUGCGGGAUAAGUUCAGCGAAAUGCAGAAACAUAUUAAAAAGGUUACGGAUGAAACUGCAAAGGCGCAACGAGAACUCGGAAAAGCGCUACAGAACUACAGCACAUUAGAAACUGACCUUGAUCGUCUCCGAAGUCAAUAUCGGUCUCUGGAACGAAGGCUGGAACAACUAGAGAUGGAUGAUGAUACGUCGGUUGUGGAUAACAUGCGGAGAAGUCUGGAUGAACUUAUAGCUCAGAUAGCUGAUUUAGAGAAGCAAUUCGAAAAACUAGAUGAGAGUGCCUCGCAGAAGAAAAGCGAAAUCCGACAGGUGAAAGAGGAACUGAGCAAGAUCAAAGCUGAUUUUGUUGAGGCAAAAAAGAAGAUUACAGAUUUGGAGAAUGAAGAAGAAAGUGUAAGAGAGAGAAUACGACACAUUGAUGCAACGAUAGAUUCCGAUAGAAGGCGACACGAACGGAUACGCGAGUCCUUAACGAAGAUGGAGGAAUCAAACAGAGAAUUGCAAGAUGAAAAGAUGGCUGCAGAAGAGAGAGCAAAACGGAGCGAGGAGCUGCCUACACCAUCGUCCAUGACAAAUCCACCCGAUAUGGAACAACUAGGUGACACCGCUGAGCUAGAUGAGCAGUACAAGACGCUUACGAUGAAAAUUGAAUCCGCAGAAAAAGUAAUAGGGAACAUAGUAACUGCCGAACAACUUCAAGAAUUCAAGGAUAGUUAUGAACGAAUGAAGAAGCAUUAUUUGCUGUUGAAGGGCUUGAAUAAGAAACUCUCGGAGUGUAUUCGAAUACGAAACGAGAAGUUCCCCAUCAUGUGCCAUGCUAUUACAAUGCGCCUAAAAAUGACAUUUCAGAGGCUUAUGGCAACGAGAUCCUACCACGGUACCCUUGUUGUCGAUCGCCAAAAACAAGUUAUUAACAUCAAUGUUGCCACUCAUCAAAAGGAUGAUAGCUCCGAUUCUGCUGCAAAGAGUGUUGUGCAAGAUUUAAGAGGACUUUCUGGAGGUGAGCGCUCGUUCACCACUGCAUGUUUUAUUAUGGCUUUAUGGGAAAUUAUGGAAGCACCGUUUCGAUGUAUGGACGAGUUUGACGUGUUUAUGGAUAUGAUUAAUAGACGGGUAAUCAUGAAUUUACUCGUGAAGUUGGCUACCGAGCAAUAUUCACACAAUCAAUUUAUCUUCUUCACUCCCCAAGGAAUCAAAGAACUUGGCGAGACUGCUAGUGAUGAACAGUCUGCUUCGUCGAAAUCAGAGCAAGAAAUCUCAACGCCACGCUUUUACACACGCGAAGGUGUUGUAGUUGGUGGGAAUUUCACGCGCUAUGAACUGAAAUUCGAAAGGCCAAUGCGUAUAGUAUUGGAUAGUGUUGAAGGUGAUGCUGAUCUAUAUUUCUCUUAUACAAACCAAGGUGUUUCAUUUGAAUUGGAUAAGCACGACGCCUCUUCAGCUUCUUGUGGCUUGGACUACAUUGACGUCGAGUCUCAUCCGCAACCUACUUACUUAGGGAUAUAUGGCCAUCCUUCCAAGAAUGAGUCUUCUUACCGCCUUUUAAUAAUGGUGGUUCCUGACGGAAAUUUCGAACAUGGUCCGGAAUUAAUACACAGAUGGGAAGAUCUUAUUGAACACGAUUCUCGUAGUGAUCGACGAGAGCCUAUUUACAUGGAGAUCUUAUCGGGGAUAUUGGAAAUCCUCGUUGAGAUUUUACUAUAG